UCUCUGGGGCGAGUUAUAAGGGUUGGAAAUCGAGACGAACUAUACCGGGUGUAACAGAAUCAUGGUACACCCCCGUAUCUCCUUUAGUUUUGAAAAUAAUUGAUUUAAAUUUGGGACAUCCUAUACACAUGAUAAGAGACACUUUUUGACAUACAAGUAAUUUUUUUUUCAACUGCGGUUUCGCCGGAAGUGACACUAACUUUAGAUUUUUAAAUAAAAAGCCGAUACAGGGAGCUGAGCAGCUUUGGGUUGAGUUGGUCUUGGGAGGGAUGCAUAUAGCUUUUGGUGUUUGUUAUAGACCUCCAAAUUGUGAUCUGAAGCUAUUUCUUGAAGGACUUGAAAGGUCACUUUCUGUUGUAUAUCCCUCAGUUGAUGAGAUAGUUGUUGUUGGAGAUUUUAAUGUUAACUUUUUGGUUGAGAGUCCAUCCACUAUAUCUCUUAAGAGUACCCUUGAGGUGUUUGCCUUGCGUGAGGUUGUUGACGUGCCUUCUAGGAUAUCUAGCUCCUCCGUCUCUCUUAUUGACCUGAUCUUUGUAUCUGGUGCCCUGAUGGUUUCUGAUUGUAAUACGCUUGAUCUUGGUUUCUCUGACCAUCUGUUGAUUUUUUGUGAACUGACAAUUCAAAGAAUUAGGGCUAGAUCCAGGUUUGUUACUUUUCGCAAUUUGCGUAAUAUUAUCAUGGACAAUUUUAAUAGAGACUUAGAUAUUAUGAAUUGGGAGGCUUUAUAUGUUCUCCCCUCUAUUGAUGAAAAGGUCGACUAUUUUAAUGAGGUUUUAAUCUCUUUAUUUGAUGUUCAUGCACCACUCAUUACUGGAACUGUUAAGAAGGACUCUUUGCCGUGGUUUACUAGCAACAUCAGGGAGAUGAUAGGACUUAGAGAGGCUGCCUUGAGGCGUUACAAGAGAACAGGAAAUCCUGUACAUUUUCAAUACUACAAACAGCUGCGUAACUUUGUCACCGGUGCUAUUCGUCGUGAAAAAAAGGCUUUUCUUGAACAGAACUGUGUGGUUGGGGGACCUCGUUCUAUGUGGAGGACAUUGAGAAAGUAUAAUGUUGUUAAGUCUAAUAUUACAGAUUUACCUCCUCAUCUGGCCGAUCCGGACAAUAUUAAUUUGUUUUUUUCUGAAGCUAUUGGUGAUGUUGUUGUUGAACCUGACGCUGAUUUAUUACAUUUUUAUGAUAGAUAUAGAUUAAAUCCUGAAGGUACUACCUUUACUUUCAGUGACGUCUCUGUGGAAUUUGUUGAGCGAAUGUUACUUUCAUUUAAGUCCACUAGUGUUGGUUCUGAUGGAAUUUCCCUGGAUAUGGUUAGGUUGUGCUGUCCUCGUAUUUUGAAUGUUCUUUGCCAUAUAAUUAAUUUCUGCUUGAAAGAGUCAGUUUACCCGAGUGCGUGGAAGUUUGGUUUGGUGACUCCUGUUCCUAAAGCCAAUCCAGUUCCCGGUUCUUUCCAAAGUGUUGGAGAGGAUUAUGGCGGAACAACUACAAUCCUUUUUAAAUUCUAAUCAUAUU